ACCUGAGUACUAGGCUGAAGGCAAUCUGAUCUGAGAAAUCAGAAACAGACAUGAGUGAAAUUAUGUAUGCAAACUCAGGGAUUUCAGCAGACAAAAGAUCAGCUGAUUUAAAUGACUCAUUUGGAGAUAUCUAUGAAAAUACAGACGAGUGGAAGAGCCGGAUGACAGGAAGUUGUAACCAAUCUAUGACCUCAGGAUUCAGCAUUGAAAGGGGCAGGUGUUGCAAACUAAGUGCAGUGUGAGUGGGGGUGCUGCUGUGUGUUCUCCUGCUGACCGCCGGGACUGUGAUGUGCAUCAAAUGCACCAACCUGAAUACAGACAAAGACCAGUUCCAGACCAGUUACAACAACCUGACUAUAGAGAGAGACCAGUUACUGAUCAGUAAUACCAUCCUGAUUACAGAGAGAGACACCUAUGCCAGGUGUUAUGAUUACACUUUGGCUUUUAAAGAUCUUAUUAAACAGGGAUGGAGAUUCUUCAGCUCCAGUCUUUACUACAUUUCUACUGAGGAGAAGAGCUGGACUGAGAGCAGACAGGACUGUAGAGAGAGAGGAGCAGACCUGCUGAUCAUAAACAAUGCAGAGGAAUGGGAGUUCAUCAUUAAACAGCUGGGCAGUUAUAACCAGGCGUGGGUUGGUCUGACUGACAGAGACACAGAAGGAGAAUGGAAAUGGGUGGAUGGUACAAAACAGACCAGCGGCACCAGGUACUGGCAUAAGGGAGAACCGAAUGAUCAGGGUAAUAAUGAAGACUGUGGUGAGAUCAGGAUGUUUUCAGAUAAAAAGGCUUGGAAUGACCUACCAUGUUCUCAUAAAAUACAGUGGAUCUGUGAGAAAAAUGUUUAAUGGUGAAUUUAGAAACAACAUCAACAUUAUAAAAGAUAACACUGGACACUUUAAUAUCUAUAAUAAUAUUAACUAUAAUUAUCAUUCUUUACCAAGGAGUUAUUAAGUGACUCUCAGUUAAUCUGCCACCUUCUUACA